AAAACUUAGGAUGUCCCUUAUCGGAAGCUGUAAGCUUUUCUUCGGCUUACUACGUUUGUAUGUAAUUUUACAUGUGUAAGUAGUUGGUAGGAAGCGGCUUACUAGUCUUCGACCUGGCCAUGGAAGGCAUGGAAGGCAUGGAAGUUAGUGAAACGGUACCGAACAACACUUCACACGCAUUAUUGCCAACCUCCCUCGCUGGUAGCCGUGCCUCUUGCCUAACUCCAAGCAAAUAGGCGCUCCCGAAAACGGCAAUGGCCUGUCUAAAAAGCCCGGCCAUAGGUCCCGCAGUCGGGUCGUCGGGACUGGGUGGUGCACACCAAACAACGCCCCCAAGGAGCGUGCGCUGGGUUCUGGGCGGAACAAGACCCCUGCAAGCUGUUCUGAUGGCGAACACGCGUAUCCUCAAUGUGGGGCAGUCGUUCAAAGUUGUCAACGGGGGUCGGAGCGGAAAGUCCGUUCAUACUCUGUGCAUCGUCGGCCUUUUGUUGGAGCGGCUGGUGAGGGACUGCCACCUAGGCAGUACUUGGUGUUGUUGCACGAAGCUCGACCCGGCUUCUCUCAACGGUACAAAUCGCUGCCCGCCUCUACCCGCUUCUGCCCUUGUUGCGGCGCGCACUAGCCUCGAAUCUCCGCACGCGUCUCUGCUCGCCGCGGGCCCACAAGAUGGCCCUGGCCGGCUGUACUUAUAUGGACUGCAACCUUUGGUGGACCAGUCACUGCGAUAUAAGGAGGAGUCCGUAUUUCGCCUAGGUACAACCGAGAAAAAAUCCAAGCGUGGAGGGGGUGGCAGGUGA